AAAGCUGCAUGUGUUCCUGGAUGUGUUUGUACACCCAUCCAAUUGGUGUCUACGUCUAGUGCUUUGCUUUGGGGAGGUUGAAAGUGUACAUCCGGCUCACCUUUUUGGUCACUAGACAUCUUGACGGACAACAGGUACAAAUAGAGGCACCACCCAUAACUGCUUCUCCCCGAUUCUCUGAUCUUCCUGCAACAGUUCUCAGAUUCCAGUCUCUCAAGUUUGCAACCAUGAGUUCAAAGAACGUAAUCUUCAAGAAGAUGUCCAAGGACAAAUCGGUUGGAGUUUACAUGGGGAAAAGGGACUUUGUUGAUCGAGUGGACUCUAUAGACCCAGUGGAUGGCGUCAUUCUGGUCGACCCCGAAAUCCUCCAAGGCAGAAAAGCUUUUGUCACCCUGUCCUGCAUAUUCCGUUACGGGCGGGACGAUGCGGAUGUGAUGGGGAUAGCCUUCCGUAGAGAGAUCUACAUGUCCACCCGUCAGGUUUAUCCACCCUUGCAGGACAGAGAGCAAGGGGUGCACACCAAGACCCAGGGAAAACUGCUGCGUAAACUGGGAGAAAAUGCUUUCCCUUUCUUCUUUGAGUUUCCGGAUAACCUGCCUUGCUCUGUGGGUCUCCAGCCAGGUCCUAAUGAUGCUGGGAAGUACUGUGCGGUGGAGUUUGAGGUGAGAAGUUUCAGCGCUGAGAGCCAGGUUGCCAAGGUGCGCAAAAGGAGCACGGUGAGUCUGGUCAUCCGGAAGGUUCAGUAUGCAUCGGAGACGGGCGGAGACGCCCCCUUGGCCAAGACCACGCGUGACUUUGUCAUGUCAGACAAGCCCCUGCACCUUGAGGCCAGUUUGGACAAGGGAACAUACUAUCAUGGAGAGCCCAUCUCUGUUAACGUCAAUGUCACAAACAGCUCAAACAAGACUGUGAAGAACAUUAUUGUGUCAGUGGAUCAGGUGGCCAAUGUGGUCCUAUAUUCCAAUGACAGCUAUGUUAAGGCGGUGGCCUUAGAGGAGUCUGGUGAUUCUGUGUCUGCUGGUGCAAGCCUGCAGAAGAAGUACACUCUGGUUCCCCUGUUAAGCCACAACCGGCAGAGGAACGGCGUCGCUCUUGAUGGGAAGCUGAAGCAUGAAGACACAAAUCUGGCUUCAACAACCAUGAUUAAAGAAGGUGUACUGAAAGAGGUUAUGGGGAUCUUGGUGUCGUACCGAGUCAUGGUCAAGCUCAUCAUUGGCGGGAUGAUGGGCUCAAGUGAGGUGGGGGUUGAGAUACCCUUCCAACUAAUGCAUCCUAAGCCUGAUCUAGGUGUGUUUUGUUCUAAAUCUAUAUGUGUGUGUGUGUUUGUGGGUGUGUUAUUAGAAAAUAUAAUCAUAAAAAUAACACAAUACAUAAAAAUUAUAUUUCCCUUUAUUCCUGUGUUUUUGCAUUUGCCUCAUGAAGUGACAGAAAGGUAAGA